GGUGACGAGAAAGUUAUUGCGGAGGUGAGUGUGUCAUGCAGGUCUGACCGCUGAAAGUAAAUGAAGAGACCGAUUAGAAGGAAGCCGCAUUUUCUAAACAUCAUUGCCAAGACCAGAGAAUAAAGUCACUUGUGGUUAAUGUUAGAAGAUGGUGUUGAAAGAGAUUCCAACUGACAAUAUCACCCGCCCUCUGGGCAGGAAUGAGGUCAUAGGUUUACUGUUCCGCCUCACAAUAUUUGGUGCCGUCACCUAUUUUACCAUUAAGUGGAUGGUUGAUGCUAUCGAUCCAACACGAAAACAGAAAGUUGAGGCUCAAAAGCAGGCAGAGAAACUCAUGCGACAGAUAGGUGUGCAGAAUGUGAAGCUUUCAGAAUAUGAGAUGAGCAUUGCAGCUCAUCUUGUGGUCCCUUUGACUAUGAAGAUUACAUGGCGUGACAUUGCAGGCCUGGAUGAAGUCAUAACUGAACUGAAAGACACAGUUAUACUUCCAAUCGAGAAGAGGCAUCUGUUUGAGGGAUCCAGGCUUCUUCAGCCACCCAAAGGAGUGUUGCUGUAUGGACCCCCAGGCUGUGGAAAAACUCUUAUAGCCAAAGCCACCGCCAAAGAGGCUGGAUUCCGUUUUAUCAACCUACAGCCUUCCACUCUCACAGACAAAUGGUAUGGAGAGUCCCAAAAACUAGCUGCAGCUGUAUUCUCUCUGGCCAUCAAGCUACAGCCCUCUAUCAUUUUCAUUGAUGAGAUUGAUUCCUUUUUGAGGAAUCGCUCAAGUUCAGAUCAUGAGGCCACUGCCAUGAUGAAGGCUCAGUUCAUGAGUUUAUGGGAUGGGCUGGACACUGACUUCAACUGCCAGGUCAUAAUAAUGGGAGCCACCAAUCGGCCACAAGAUCUUGAUUCUGCUAUACUCCGAAGGAUGCCCACAAGAUUCCACAUCAAUCAGCCAAAUCUCAAGCAGAGGAAAGAUAUACUGAAACUGAUCUUGGAGAAUGAGAAUAUGGAAUCUGCUGUGGACUUUUGUGAAAUUGCAAAAGAGACUGAUGGCUUCUCAGGAAGUGACCUCAAAGAGAUGUGUCGAGAUGCCGCUCUGCUUUGUGUGCGCGACUUUGUGCACAACAAAGAAAGUCAAGAUGAAGACUACAUCCGUCCCAUCAAGCAACUAGACUUGCAAAAAGCAAUCAAGAAGAUGAAGAAGUCCAAAUGUGCAGGACUGCAAGACCCAUUUAUGCAUGUACCACUGGAAUGAAAUUGAUGCUGCUGUUUUUAGGAAACAUGCACCUAGACCUAGUUUUUGUGUGUGUGGCAUAUCACGAUAUGCCAUGUUUUGCAAAAGGGGGAACUCAGGAUCUAUAAACGGCUGCAUAUUUUUGCCGUUUCUCUGAUCAUCUUUUUUUGCACUGCAAUUUUCCUACUGUUUUUUUUCCAGUUGGUCAUGUUUAUCUGAAUGUGUAUUUUUUCAUUUGCUUUGGUAGUGUGGAUAUGUUUGUUCCAUUACGUGUCAUCCUGCGAGAGGUUUACGAAGAAGGGCAAUAGUGUAUUUAAUCUCCAGUCGUGUAUAAAGCAUGUUGUGUAGAAUAGUUCAUGCAGUAAUUUAUUUGGCAUCACUAACUAUAUGUAAUAUAAAUUUGGCUGAUUUGUGAGCACUGAUAAGUUCACUAUUGUGAUUUUAACUAAAAGCAGCUUUGAAGCCAGUGUGGUUUCAGUAACUGUUUGUUUUGCCACCUUGAGUGUAAGAUUUGACUGAGAUGUGUUUACAUAUACAAUGUAUUGGCCUUGUGAAUGAAAUGUUUAAAUUUUUAAUU